GUUGACCAUCGACGGCUUCCUCUUCAUCCUUUCUUCCCUCCAAAAACCCUAAACCCUCCUUCCAUCUGCUCCCCGUCUCGCAGCUCCACCUCCGCCACCUUCUCCUCCUCCAAAAUGCUAUCUUUAACAUUAACGGCCCCCUUUAUCUCCACCACCCGAUCCCCCUACACUCUUCCUCGCCGUCCUCUCCUCAUCCGCGCUCGCACCCAAGAGAUCGAAACACCUCAGCCGCCGCCUAAGUCAGAUCUCUUACCCAAGCUAAACCGCUACAGCUCCCGCAUCACCGAGCCCAAAUCCCAGGGCGGAUCUCAGGCCGUGCUCUAUGGCGUUGGGCUCUCCGACAACGAUAUGAAGAAGCCGCAGGUGGGGAUCUCCUCAGUUUGGUACGAGGGAAACACCUGCAACAUGCAUCUGAUGCAGCUUGCUGCGGCGGUUAAGGACGGGGUGAGAGAGGCGGGAAUGUUCCCGUUUCGAUUCAAUACUAUUGGUGUAAGUGAUGCUAUAUCAAUGGGAACAAGAGGAAUGUGCUAUAGUUUGCAGUCGAGGGAUCUGAUUGCGGACAGCAUUGAGAGCGUCAUGGCGGCGCAGUGGUAUGAUGCCAAUAUUUCGAUUCCGGGGUGUGAUAAAAAUAUGUCUGGUACAAUUAUGGCAAUGGGACGGCUCAAUCGACCUAGUCUCAUGAUAUAUGGUGGAACGAUAAAGCCUGGCAUUACAAUGGAAAAACAUUUGAUAUAUGGUUUGAUCACCGAUGACGAUAGAAUGACUGUUUUGCGUAAUUAUAAUUCAUGCCCUGGAGCUGGGGCUUGUGGUGGCAUGUAUGCUGCAAAUACCAUGGCUUCUGCUAUCGAAACGAUGGGUAUGACACUCCCCUACAGGUCUGUAGGUUUGCAUUUGACUCUUGAUGAUUUUCAGAAGGUCAGUGAUGCAGUUCCUUUCCUUGCUGAUCUCAAGCCUAGUAGUAAAUAUGUAAUGGAAGACUUGCACAAGAUCGGGGGAACACCUGCGGUGAUUCGUUACCUCUUAGAAGAAGGAUUUUUGGAUGGAGAUUGUAUUACUGUCACGGGGAAGACUCUUGAAGAAAACAUGAAGUUUGUUCCCUCUUUAGCAGAAGGGCAGCAAAUAAUACGUCCCGUUGGGAACCCCAUCAAAGCAAGUGGGCAUAUUCAAAUACUGUAUGGGAAUCUUGCUCCAGAUGGAUCUGUUGCUAAAAUUACUGGCAAAGAAGGAUUAUAUUUUUUCGGUCCCGCUCUUGUUUUCGAAGGAGAGGAAUCCAUGAUUGCAGCUAUUUCUGAAAAUCCUAUGAACUUUAAGGGCAAAGUAGUUGUUAAAAGAGGAGAGGGGCCGAAGGGUGGUCCAGGAAUGGAGUGUGCAUUGCUGACUGAUGGUAGAUUUUCUGGUGGAUCACAUGGAUUUGUUGUCGGUCAUAUAUGCCCUGAAGCGCAGGAUGGAGGACCGAUUGGGCUGAUCCAAAAUGGUGAUGUAAUUACAAUUGACAUUAACAAAAGAAGAAUAGAUGUUCAGCUUUCUGAUGAGCAGCUUACUGAGAGAAGCAGAAAAUGGAGCCCCCCUCCUUACAAAGCAACACGAGGAGUUCUUUACAAGUAUAUUAAAAGUGUUCAAUCAGCUUCUAGAGGAUGUGUGACAGAUGAAUAGGUGAUGUAUUUAUGUAAUUUAUUUAUUUACUUUUGAGCUAAUUUUCCUGAGUGUUUUUGGGGACUGAUUUUUUGUCAGGACGUUUAGUUUGUGUUAUUUAUAUGCAGAGACUUUUUUUCAGUCCCCAAGUUUUCACC